UUUCUCCUCCAUAGUAAAGAUGCUGUGGAGUCUGUUGUUCAUCUCUCUGAUUGGAAGUGCACAAAAUGAUGAUGGUACAGCUCUCUGCAACACACAACUCCUACCACUUAAUAGGACAAAAACAUCCCAGAAAUCAAACUACACAGACAAAAAUCAACUCAUCUACUCUUCUGAAAGAGCUACUGAUGGGAAUAUGACGACAUGUGCUAUCACUGGGACAGAGUCAGACCCCUGGUGGAGAAUUGACCUGCUGCGUGUCUACAACAUUUCUUAUAUCACUAUCUACAACACAGUUGCGUACAACACUGACAUAAGCGGUGCUCAGAUCCACAUUGGGAGCUCAAGUGAGAACAACGGCAUCACUAACAGCAUAUGUAAAGAAAUCACAAACUUCAAACAAAACGAGUGGAAUAACUUCACAUGUAUUACAACCAUGUCAGGGCGCUACAUCACUGUCUUCUAUCCAGGAAAUAAACCGUUAAUUCUGUGUGAAGUGAUGAUCUACGGCACAAUAACAGCUCCUUCAAGCGCAAGAAACUUCAAAUCAACAGCACAAAAUGAGACCAGUAUCACUCUGCAGUGGAAUAAAGUGAACGACUACAUCAGCUUUAUUCUCCAGUUUAAUGGUAGAGAGAUCGACAUCGCUGCACCAGAUGGAGAUGGACCAGUAACGUACACAGUCUCAUCUCUCACUGCUGGAACUACAUACACAUUCGCUCUCUUCUCUGUGUUUGAGAACGUCAGAAGCAGUGGAGUCAGCAUUACUGCAGUUACUGCAAAACGCCCAAAUUAUGUUCUUGUCAUGAAUGUGGAAUUUGAGUUGUUGACUCAGCUGUCAGACUCGGACUUGCAGAGUGUGUUGGAGGAGGUCUUCAGACAAUAUGGAUUGUCGCCACAGUUGUCCUUCAAAGUGUUGCGACGUGAGAUCAGGAAAGACUAAAUGAAAUAAAGGAGGAUGGAUCUGCAAGUUAUUUAGACUUUCCACAAUUUGAAUUGCUUUCCUUGAAGCGAAUAAUAAAAACUGAUAGGAAAGACAUCAGAUUCCUGUGAAAUGUGGUUCGACUUAUUUUUUCUUACUGUAUACUACUACUUAAUACUUCUAAUGUUAUGCGGACAACUUGUUGUAUGUAUUGCUACUACCAUUACAUUGUUAAACAUGUGCUCCUUCUUCGCAUGAAAAAAUCCAGAAACUAUAAAUAUGCAAACUUUUUUCAUUUGGAAAGUUGAACAUAUAUUAAACUCAGAUUUAAAGUUAGCACAGACAACCUUUUUCAGCAGAUGAAUGUAAAUAUGUCUUUUAGUAACAAACAUCAACACAUGCACCAUUCUGCAGAGUGAAGCUCAAACAUUCAGGUGAAGUAACAAUAAAGAAAACACAUUUUAGAGUGGAGGGGGACUUUAAACAAUCCAUUUCAUUCAAUUUUAAUUGUUUUAUGCCUUCAGGAAAUCUCAAAGCGUUCCAGAAAGAGAAGACGGGCUGAGCUGGUGGAGGUGAUCCAGAAGAAGCAGGCAGCUGGAUUCUGCAACGGCUACUUACAUUUAAUGUGGUCAUCGCAUUUUGUGUGUGCAGUUUUGGGAUUUGUGUGUAUAGUUAAAAAAAACAAGCAUCGUUUGUAAAAUGUGUAUAAGCAGUUGUGUAAAACUGUAUAAAGGCAGUGAAACCACCGCUUUCCUCUUGGGAGUUUUGCUCCUCCGCUCUGCCUGGUACUCUCCAAACAACGCGCUGAAGCCUUCUGUGACAUCCGGACAAUCUCAACGCUGAUGACGUCUUAACUGAAAACCCGCCUUGAUAAGACUGAGAGAUUGCAUUUUCUUUUGCAUUGUGUUCCACAAAUAUGGAGGACGGAUCCUGACAGAAUCAGAAAUAAAUACAUAAAUAAAUAAUUGCUCAAUAAAUAAAUAAAAUCCGAUGCACAAACACAGUAAAUAAAUAAAUGUAGGCAGUAAUUAAAUUAUACAAUGAGGCAUAAAUAUAUAUAUAUAUAUCUUUUAAUUAGCUUCAUUAUUAAUUACCUCUCACAACUUUAUUUAUUGUCUGAGAAACUUAUCUGAAAAGAGGCUAUCAAGUCUUAAUUAUAUGCGAUGCAAGCACAACAUAAAACAUUACACAUGUCACAAUGUCCAGUUUUCAAAAUAAGGUGUUAAUACAACAUAUACAGAAUGAAUAAUAAGAUUACCGUAAUUGUGUUAUAUUGAGUAAAAAGCAUGUUACGUGUCCAUUAAAAGUAAUAAAAACACCAA